AUGAAAACAGUCGAACCGCAGCUGAAAGGGGCUGUCAGUACCUGGUGGAAUACCACCAAAGUACUGGACUUGUCCUGGGACGAAUUCCGCGACGAAUUUUCAGAAAAAUUUGACAACGCGGAACUACAGUCACAACUGCGGGCCGUAAUAGUAUCUGUCCGACAAACACUCCGCACAGUCCCUUACGCAACAGUCCUUUCAUACUAUCGAAAAAUCAACUCGCGCGCCGUAAAACCACCUGGCCGGCCGAGCCCCGCGGCUAGCAAGCAUAAUGGCAGGACUGACGCGCGACGAGUUCCGCACCCACAUACGCCUCUAGCGCCCUACGGCGGACCGCCGGCGUCCUGGACCCCGCACCGGGCAAAUCACCGCCACCCCCCCUCUCACCCGAAAACGGACCCGGAAAAAAUCGCGUGA